CAGCUAUACUACAACACAUUGCUCCAAUCCACCAUGACCCGUGGCACCUGUUCUUGUUGUUAGAGCGUGCACGAUUCCGCUGUGUAGUUGAAAGGGUAGUAAUCUGCUUUGUCAACCGCCAAACUUCGAGGAGUAGACCACGGACUAUAACCUUUCGCUUUGAUAGGAGCACACUCUUGAACACAAUGCAACCACAACCAGAGGGCGGCGACUCCUUGGCGCCCGAUGCCGGCUUUGAGGAUUUCCUGAAGGCCGCCCUGCAAGACAUCCCACCGGACAUCGCAGACCAGCUCAAAACGGGUUUACUUAAGCGCUAUAAUAAGCCGCCUCUGGAGGAAUUGGAGCUGUGCCUUGGCCGGAAUGUCCCCCUGCAGAAGGCGCGUCAGAUCUUGUUCGCUCCGGAGGAAGAGGACAUGCGGCUAUAUCCCGCGCUCAUUGCCAUGCCCCCGCCAGGCGCCCCUGACAACCAUCCACAGCGCAGCGUGCAGGUGUGCGCCCUAGCCUCCCUGUACCUGGUACACAGCCGUAGUUGGGAGCGGGUGCGACCGUUCAUCGAGGCGGGCGGCCUCAGGCAACUGGUGACCGCCCUGUCCCACCCCAACCCCUACCUGGCCUCCCAAGCCAUGUCCGCGCUGCUGCACCUGACGGACGAGGAGGCGGUGUUCCCCUGGCACGACCCGCCGGCAGCUGCGGACGGCAGGGGGCCGCGUGAGGGUCCGUAUGCGCUGGUAUGGAGGCGCAUGUACGACCUAAGCCGCGGCGGCCUGCUGAUCUCGCAGCUGCUGGCGCACCGCCGCACCCCACCCGCCUUCCCUGGGGCCCCCGACAUGGCUCUGCGGCUGCUCGCCUUCUACCUGUCCUGGCUGCGGAAACACUUCACGCAGGAUGGUCGGCUGUCCCUGAGUCAGGGCCUGCUAGACUUGCUGCAGCGCUGGGGUCAGGACCCUGCAGCGGGACAGGAGGAGCGGCAGCUGGCGGAGCAGCUGCAUCGGGACUUCAGCAGGUUCCCGCCUGCCCAGGAGCCACCCGCGGCAGCGCCAACAGCAGGGGCAGCAGCCGGGGAGGACGCCAGCGCUGGAAACCGGGAGCAGCAGCAGACCUACCUGGGGGGGCUCAGCGGCGGCGAGGAGGAUGAUGGCUAUGAGGUGCGGGUGGUUUCAGAGCGCACGGAGGUGAACAGCGGCCCCAGUCGGGACAACGAGGCGGAGGUGCUCAAGGAGCAAGGCAACGCAGCGUUCAGGCGAGGUGACUUCACCUCCGCCAUCCACCUCUACAGCGCCGCUCUGGACGUGCCGGUGCCGGCGGAGGGGCCGCGCAUCCUCAGUGAGGGGCCCCGCCGGGCAGCCUACCACGCCAACCGAGCAGCCGCAUACAUGGGCCGCGCGGCGGCAGCCGGGCAGCUGCUGAGGGAGGGGGAGUCCGACACUGCGGGGCACCUGGAGGGCCUAGAUCUGGGUUCUCAUGACGCUGUCAGCCGGCACUUCCAAGCGGCUAUCAUAGAUUGUGACAUGGCACUCGAUCUGGACCCGGUGGGGGCGGCAGCAGCCAAGACCUGUCUGAGGAAGUGCAGGGCGCUGCGACGACUGGGGCGUGUUGAGGAAGCUGCGGCGGCGGCAAGGGCUGCACUGGCAAAGCACGACAGUAGCGGCGG